UCAUCAGCAGAGAGAUUGUCCCGAAAGAGAGGCAAUUCUAUUCCCUACCAACAUGAAGCUGUUGCUGCUGCUGCUGUGGCUGGGCCUGACCCUGGUCUGUGGCCAUGCAGAAGAAGCUAGUUCUGCGAGAGGGAACCUCGAUGUGGACAAGCUCAAUGGGGAUUGGUUUUCUAUUGUCGUGGCCUCUAACAAAAGAGAAAAGAUAGAAGAGAACGGCAGCAUGAGAGUUUUUAUGCAGCACAUCCAUGUCUUGGAGAAUUCCUUAGGCUUCAAGUUCCGUAUUAAGGAAAAUGGAGUGUGCAGGGAAUUAUAUUUGGUUGCCUACAAAACGGCAAAGGAUGGCGAAUAUUUUGUUGAGUAUGAUGGAGAGAAUACAUUUACUAUACUUAAGACAGACUAUGACAGAUAUGUCAUGUUUCAUCUCGUUAAUGUCAAGAACGGGGAAACCUUCCAGCUGAUGGUGCUCUACGGCAGAACAAAGGAUCUGAGUUCAGACAUCAAGGAAAAGUUUGCAAAACUAUGUGAGGCGCAUGGAAUCACUAGGGACAAUAUCAUUGACCUAACCAAGACUGAUCGCUGUCUCCAGGCCCGAGGUUGAAGAAAGGCCUGAGCCUCCAGAUUGCAGAGAUCUAUUUCUUCAUCCUUUGUUCUAUACAAGAGUGCCUCUCUGUCCAGAAGUCAAUCCAAGAAGUGCUUAAUGGGUUCCUGUAUUCUUUCUUCCUGGAUUACUCAGUGCUGAGUGGAGACUUCUCACCAGGACUCCAGCAUCACCAUUUCCUGUCCAUGGAGCAUCCUGAGACAAAUUCUGCGAUCUGAUUUCCAUCCUGUUUCACAGAAAAGUGCAAUCCCGGUCUCUCCAGCAUCUUCCCUAGUUACCCAGGACAACACAUUGAGAAUUAAAAGCUUUCUUAAAUUUCUCUUUGCCCCACCCAUGAUCAUUCCACACAAAUUUCUUGCUCUUGCAGUUCAAUAAAUGAUUACCCUUGCACUU